AUGACAAGAGCUUAUGAAAAUUCUAACCCAUUAAGUUGUCCAGUUAGAUUAUAUGAAAAGUAUAUAGCUCUGCGUCCAAAAAACAGUACAGUAGAUGCAUUUUAUCUACGUCCCAAGAAGAUGCCAUGCUCUGAUGUUUGGUACUGUGAUUCUCCUGUAGGAAUUCAUACCAUACAGUCCACUGUUAAACGUUUAUGUCAGUCGGCUGGUAUAAUUGGAAACUUUAGUAAUCAUUCCCUUCGUGCCACAGCUGCAACUCGUUUAUAUCAAGCUGGAGUGGACGAGCAAUUGAUCACUGAAAAGACUGGACACCGAUCUAAUGCUGUACGAGCAUAUAAAAGAACAAGUGAUGCCCAGCAAGCCUCUAGUGGAUCUUUUGAAUUACAAGAUACCAAAAGAAUUGGAGAACUCUUAUCUAAAGCAUGGGAUCCUUUUUAUUCUAAAUAUGAGUGCAACCCAACAUAUUUAUUUGAAUGGAGUCCUUUAAAAAAUUAUAUGGAAGUCUUUGUCCUGAGAUUGAAUAUUUGCCUUCUAGAGUUUUCACGAGCUAAAAAUUGA